AUGUCAGAAAGCUCCUCAGGUGUGAACAGCUUUUCUAAAUCCUACUCAUCACACUGCUCUGAUCUCAGUGAAACAUACACACCUUUACAAAUUCUGUCAAGUAAAAGAAGAACUUUGCAGCAAAGCUGUGAUUCUGGCAUCUCAUCUCCACUGCCAUGUGAUGCGUUCAAAUAUCUAACUUGGCACAAGUUGAAAGAACAUGAUGUGCAGGGGACUCAAAUUCAUUCUCCUAGAGUGAGAGAAGGACCACCAGACGAUGAGCUUGUAAUAAGAGGAGAGGCACAUCUAUCAGUAGAAAGCGCGCAGACCAAUGAUAAAGAGAUUUGGAGACGGAGGCUGCAAGAAAACUGGGAGAAUUGCGUGAACAUAAAUCUGUCUUAUCAGGGUCUUGGGGACCCUUACCAACAAAACAACUUUCACCGUAUCCUUCGACGACUGAUAAGAGUGGAGAGACUAUGGCUGGUUGAUAACUCUUUGAAAGAUUUGAGUGCCAUUCGAUUGCCAAGGUGUAAAGAAUUAAAUUUAAGCAAAAAUCACUUUACAGCCUUUCAACAACUGCCAAAGCUUCCUGCAAUUCAGCACUUAUCACUUGCAGAAAAUAAUAUUGAAUCAUUGGGUGGACUUACAGACUUCAAGCAUUCUCCACUCGAAUCACUGGUUCUGAAAUCAAAUCCUUGUGAGUUUCUGGAAGAUUAUAGACAACGUGUCUUCUCGAUUUUGCCAAACUUGAAAACAUUAGACGGAAUUCCUAAGCUGUCAGAGGAUUGGUCAGUAACAGAAGAAAGCCAUUUCUUUUCAAGCAAGUGCACAAUUUUGUAACCAUUUGACUGCAUAGGUGCCUGACAUCUGUUCUUCAGACAAAGUAGAUUUCAAUGGUAACAAGAAGAAA